AUGUCAAGGAAACAACCUUUGACUCAAAGGUUAACCUAUGAUGCCGCUCUAUGGUUAUUCAAUUUGAUGCUCGAUAUCUUCUUUCGAGAAGUGAGACCAAGAGGCGCACACAAGAUACCCAAAGACGGCCCAGUGAUUUUUGUAGCUGCACCACACGCGAACCAAUUUGUAGAUCCCAUUGUCCUCAUGCGAGAAUGUCAAAGAAGAGUUUCGUUUUUAAUUGCAGAAAAGUCAAUGCACCAAAAGGGCAUUGGUACUUUUGCUCGCAUGGUAAACGCAAUCCCUGUGAUCCGACCACAGGAUUUAGCAAAACCGGGUGAAGGCUUUAUUCAAUUACUUGAUAGAAAGACAGAUCCAUUGCGUAUUACUGGUAUCAACACCAAAUUUACCCAACAGCUUAAGCCAAGAGACCUUAUUGCAUUACCCAAGAGUUAUGGACAAUCCGAGGUAGUCGAGAUCAUUUCAGAUACUGAACUCUUGAUCAAGAAAGAGUUUAAAGAACUCAAGGCGAUGGAACUACUCACGAGACCCGAGGGAACGAGUUAUAAAUGCAUUCCUCAUGUAGAUCAAGAUGCUGUAUACAAAUGUGUUCAUGAAGAGCUACAUCGUGGAGGAUGUAUUACUAUCUUUCCUGAAGGAGGUAGUCAUGAUAGAGCUGAAAUGCUCCCUUUGAAAGCUGGGGUUACUGUGAUGGCAUUGGGUGCUAUGGCCAAGUAUCCAGGACUAGACGUAAAGAUUGUUCCAUGCGGCUUAAAUUAUUUCCACGCUCAUAAAUUUCGAUCGCGAGCCGUAAUCGAGUUUGGUAACCCGUUGACGAUUCCAGCAGAACUUGUAGAGAAGUUUAAGGCAGGAGGAACCGAGAAGAGAGAGGCCUGCUCGACCUUGUUGGAUAGUAUCUGUAAUGCGCUCAAGACAGUCACUGUGAAUGCAGGAAGUUAUGAAACACUUAUGCUUAUACAAGCAGCAAGAAGAUUAUAUAAGCCUGCUCACAGAAAAUUACAUCUUUCACAAGUUGUUGAUCUCAAUAGAAGGUUUUUGAUAGGAUAUAAUUUUUUUAAAGAUGAUCCAAAAGUCAUUGAGUUGCAACAAAAAGUACUGGCUUACAACCAACUCUUAAAGUAUCAUGGUAUCAAGGAUCAUCAGGUACUCAAAACUAGAAAUAAUGGCGCAAGAAUGCUCUGGCUCUUGGUCAAGCGUAUCUUUGUGUUGGCCAUCCUCUCACUUUUAGCAUUCCCAGGUGGAAUUUUGAACCUUCCUGUUGUCAUUGUAGCCAAAGUGAUUAGUGAAAAGAAAGCAGAUGCCGCCUUGAAAGGUUCAACAGUGAAAAUUGCAGGAAGAGAUGUGUUGGCUACAUGGAAGUUACUGGUUGGUCUCGUGUUACUACCUACUCUCUAUGCGCUUUAUAGCUUUAUUGUAUUUAUUAUUGUGUUGCAAAUGGACAUGGAGCUAAAAUGGAAAUUGUUACUACCAUUGAUCACUUGGAACUUGUUACCCUUUGUCUCCUACGCUAGCCUUCGAUUUGGUGAAAUUGGAAAUGAUAUUCUAAGAUCUAUCAAACCAACAUGGGUGGCCCUGUUAGAUCCUAGCGGAGCAGAGACACUUCGACAGAAUAGAGAGAAACUCUCAAAAGAUAUCACUGAACUCAUUAAUGAGUAUGGACCCAAAGUAUUCCCUGAUUUUGAUGGUAAACGAAACAAACUGGAAAUAGAUUCUUGUUCUGAUCCUUUGUCCAAUAGCAAAUUAUAUAUCUCGUACAACAACAACAGCAACAACAAGCACAGCGCCUAG